UUAGUCUAUUAACGAAUGAAUUGAUGUAAACACAAGACGGUGACAGAUCUCUGGACGGAAGAAAUGGAGCCCGAUAAUUUAAUAGAAGUGGAAAAACUCAACCUCAAUUUCCCUCCAGAAGUUGUACAAGCCAUCCAAGAGAUUCUUCCCAGCGAUGACCCGUUUGAUUCACCAGAGUUCAAUACAGUGGAAUACAUCAACAACCGCUUUCCAGCAGAACAGUCACUCCAUCACAUAGAUGAUGUGUUGGAAGAGAUGCGACUGAAGAUCACUUCCACGGAUGACCAGAUCAGAACUGUCAUCCGGUCACUAACUAAUGUGGAUCAGGAUGGGAGAGCAUCACUUUUAAAUGCACAAGAGGCCAUUGCGGAAUUGUUUGCACGCUUCCAGGAUAUUAAGGAAAGAGCAGGAGAAUCUGAGCAGAGAGUAAAAGACAUAAAACAGCUGGACACAGCCAAGCUAACUCAAAAGAAUCUCACGACCUCUAUCACUACACUCAAUCACCUUCAGAUGUUAGUAGAAGGAGUUCAAAAAUUACAAGCACUAAAGGCUAGAAGAGAAUAUGGAGAGAUUGCAACUCUGUUGCAAGGAGUGAUGAAUGUCCUUGAACACCUCAAUCGUUAUAAACACAUUCCACAAGUGGCAGACUUAGCCCGGCAGGUUGAACAAAUCAGAGGAGAGCUUGAGAAGCAGAUUUUGGAAGAUUUCCACAGAGCCUUUCAUGGACCAAAUGCUCGUCGUUUUGCUCCAACAAAGGAGUUGGCAGAAGCCUGCCUUGUGGUUUCAGAACUAGAUCCCAAAGUCAAGAAAACCAUCAUUGAGGAUGUCAUCAAGACACAAUUAGCUGAAUACGAAGUGCUCUUUGCUGGAGGAGAGAGUGAUGCUUGGUUAACAAAGGUAGACCUAAGGCGCAAGUGGCUCCUGAAAACAGCGGUGGAGUUUGAGAAGACCCUUGCUGCAAUGUUCCCUCCAUCUUGGCAGGUACCAGCACGUUUAGCACUAGCAUUUUGUGAGGUCACAAGAUCUCAGCUGUCUCAUGCAAUGGAGUUGAGACCACAGGACAUUGAUGUUGGCACAUUGCUACAUGCUCACAAGAUCAUGUCUGAGCUUGAAAGCCUCCUUGUGAGAAAAUACACCAGCUUCCAGCCUCAUGACCGCACCCCAAAGUCGUCCGUGUCUACCAAUCCUUUUGUGGAGGAUGAGCAGUCCAGCAAAACAGAAAAUACAAACCCAUUCGAGGAGGCUGCAUCCACAGUAGAGACGCUAGUUUCACCCUUCAGUGGAGCAGUGUGCCGUUGCUUCCAGCCUUACCUCAAGAUUUAUAUAGAAAGCAUGGACAAGAGACUGAAUGAACAGAUUGAGAAGUUUGCCAAUGAUAUGAAGAGUUACAAGUUUGAACACAUUGAUGCAGAGGAAUCUAAUGUUGUACCUUGCUGUGGAGAGCUGUUCACCAUAUACAAAAAUGUCCUUGUUGAAUUCUCGCCUUGGUCCUGGAGAGUAUGGGGGAGGUUGUAUUACAGGAAAAUUGCACCCACCAAAGUGCUCAAGGUUGGAGCACAUCCAAUGCCUAACAUAAUGAAGGACAUUAACAUGAAGGAGCUCACUGCUGUGUUGGCACAAGUCCAGACACUAUGGCGUGAAGGCGACACUCCAAAGCUGAGUGAGGAUGAUGUACGAAGAGUGUGCUCAGUGCUUGUGUCAGCUGAGUACUGUGAAGAGAUGACAGGAAGGUUGGAGGCCAAGUUGAAGGAGAGAAGUCUGCCUUCAUUAGUGCACUCCAUCAGCCUUACCCAUGAACAGGACUUGUUCCAUGCAGUGCUGGCUCAGUGUAUAGCCCUCCUUGUGGCUCACGAGGAGAGCCUUUGUGACCCUGCUCUAUCCUCCAUGACCAAGAUCAAUUGGAUGAUGGAGCAGACGGGUGACCAGAGCCCUUAUGUUACAGCCAUCUCCCAGCACAUUUCAUCAUCCAUUCCUCUGAUCCGGCACAACCUUCACACUUCCCGAAAAUACUUCACAAGAUUUUGUGACAAGUUAGCAGCUGCAAUUCUGAACAAAUUUGUCCAACAGGUAUACAAGUGCCGUCCAAUUAAUAGCGUUGGGUGUGAGCAGUUACUUCUUGACUGCCAUGCACUUAAGGCUGUCAUGUUACAGUUACCUGUUGUAGCAUUGCAGAUGCGGCGUGACCCUCCCCAGACAUACACGCGAAUGGUUGGCAGAGGAAUGGCACGAGCAGAAUUGGUACUGCAGGUUGUGAUGGGUGAAUAUGCAACUCACAAUGACCUUGUUGAUAAGUUCAUCCGUUUACUACCUGACGCAACAAUUGCAGACUUCCAGAAGGUACUAGAGAUGAGAGGUGUAAAGGACCGUGCCUCAGUGCUAGAGCUCUACCGACAACGGACCCUCGGAAAUUCAACAGAAUCUCCUCACCGAGCACAAGUUUCACCAGGCAGCAGCAGCCAAGUAGCAGCACAAAUCCCACCCAGCCAAGCCUCACCUGUGGUCAGCUCAACAGCCAACUCAAGCCCAGAGCACGAGAUGAGCAAGAUUGCACGGCUAGAGAGGAUGUUGAAGUCGCGCAGACUGAUAUCCUAAAGGGAAUUUCGGUUGUGAGCAGAAAGGAACAAAAAGGAAUGUGCAUUAGUACUGGGAUUCUGAUUAGAUUUCUUUGUUUGGUUUUAAGUCUAUCACUUCCUUGUGUAUUGAAAUUAUCAAUGAAGUUACAAGCACUAGAAUGAACCUCUAUGACUGAUUCCAAAGAAGUAAUCCGAAUUCAGAUUGUGUAACUUGGCCAAAGUUAAUAGCUCAGAAUAGGCUUUAUUGCUUUUAUUACUGGUACUGGCAGAAGUUAUUUAUGAACAAAUCAUUUGUUUUAUGUAUAAAAUGUGUUUGUAAAUCAUGAAGUAUGUACUUAGUGCAGACAUUUUGUAAAUGUUGAUUAUGUAAAUAUGUAUGCUGUUAGUUUAUGAAAUAUUUAAUCAUAAUAAAACAUUCUUAUAAUACAACUGUGCCUUUGAAAAACACAAGAACUAAAUCUGUUCUUCAAGAUAGGAGUAAAUUCCUAGGUAGUCAUUCCCGUCAGAAACAGAUUUGUCUUCACAAGAAUGUUGAGAAGCAGGACAUAUCAGAAAAGAGUAAAUUAUACUGAUAUCAUUGUAGGUUUCAUGUAUCUGUAAACAUGUUACAACAAUCACCAUCUCAUGUUCAUGGGAAUAGUACAGUCUUUGGGCUACUGUUUAAGAGUAGAAGCAUAAAUAGCACUUGGUAUGUUUUUCAUGUAUCUUUAUCAUCAUAUCUUCAAUUUUGUAUACAUUGCACGUAAUAUGGAACAUAAUAGACGAGGUGUGCUUCUUCAGGUUGUAAAAGAUGGUUUUGUGGAUUCAACAAGCUUCAUAAAUGAGAGAUCAUAACUUUACUUCUACUUAGUAUUAACCUAUAUAUUCAAGAACUGAAUACAUUUAAUGUUGCUUAGUACAUGAUAGGGAAGAAAAUUGGAGUGGUUAUAAAUUACAAAAGGGAAAAUGUUUUGUAAAGAUUGAGUAUUUGCUAUACUAAUAAGAAGUAAGGGAACUGAUUAUUGUUAAAUACUGUCAGACUUUCAAAGAAUUACACAUUCACAUAUAUAGCCCUGUUUAUAAUUUAGGCUAAUUAAAAUAUUUGAUUUGAUACCAGAGACACAAACAACAAUUAAAUGGAAAUAAGUUUAUGUAUUAUAUCAUGUAAGUUGUCUUUUUAGAGUAGAUUUGAUUUUUUACCAGGAAUCUUCUAAGGAAACAGAAACCAAGGAAGGCAAAGAACAUGCUAUGACAUGGCAUGAUUGAUUACUUGGAUGUGAGAGGAGGAAGAAACAGGCAAUAUAAUCUGUCUCCUCCAGUAUCUGGAAUGUAUCUGGAUCCCCAUCUUUGCAGUCGCUCUGAUCAUUCACACCUUGUCACAAUUACAUCUAAGUCCAAAGCUCGUGCAUUAUCAACCCUAAAUGACCUCACUGGCAAACCCAUUCCUGCCGAAUCUCAUUCCUCUCUUAAUACUUGUACUGGAACUGUUUCCGUCUUCCAGACUGAUUGUCCUAUCUACAACAAGAACUGGUCAGACUGUGAAAAUAACUUACUUGCCUGUUGAUUAUGAUGCAAUGGCAGUACAGUAUUACACUAUUCCUCCCAGAGACCAGUGUAAGUCCCAUAUUAAUAUUGCCAAGAUUAGCUUCUGUAGAUAUGACCAAACCCAUGAAGUUUAUAGUGGUGGAGAGUCUUGCUAUGUCAGACCAUAUUGAACCCUUCUUUGUCAGUGUCAGAAAUGGGGUUUUGACCACCCAGCCAAACAGUGUAGCUCCACAACCUGUUUACUCUAUGUGCCCAACCUGUUCAUGACCGUUCAAAUGGCUCUGCUCACUCACUUACAUAUGCCAAUUGUGGUGACUCCCAUAAUAUAUUUUAUAGGAGCUGCCUGCCUAUAACUUUGCAUGUGAGGUAGCAGUUUUCAGAUUCAAGUUAGGCCUCACUCUACGCGAGGCCAGACAGAAAGCACAGUGACGAGAUUUUUCUUUCUCUAGGUAUUCAAAACUGUCCUUCACUCUACUCCUCUCCCAUUUUCUCAAGAUGUCUCAGCAUCUCCCCCAGUAUCUUUUACCUCUACCUUGAACUAUCCUACCUCCAUCCCCCCUCUUCUCCAGUCAAAUUCAUUUUCCAGUCUAAAUACAGUUAAUCUUAUCUCUACCACUUCCAUGAUGCUUACCCCUCCUCCUCCUCACUUUACCUGUCGCACCAGGCAAUCUGAACGUUUCACUCCACCUUCUCCUACCAUUUCUUUUCUUACAUCCUUCUUCCUCUGCUCCUCAGAUAUCUAUCUCCUUUUCUCCUCCUUACAAGAGAACCUUUGUUUGACCUUUGAUGUCUAGCACAUUUAUUUGUUUCAACCAUUAACCAUUAUAUACCUUACAAAAAAAUGUAUCUAAGAAACCCUAAGUAGUCAAGUUAAAUAUGCUAAAUCGAAUCAGUCAUGAAGGGUUUGGGCAAGGCAAGACAUUUGCCUUAAUUCCUCGAUAGCGGGCAUAGAGUAGUAAAGCGAUCCUCUUGGGCAGGCAUAAUUUCAUGUACCAGAUACUUAGAUGUAAUAUUAUGCCACUCAACCUUCCCUCCGAGGACUUAAUAUUACACCACCUGCAGUUUAAGUGAAUGUGAAUUCCUACACUUGAUGUAAAAAACCUACAGGAUUCCUUUUGUGCGUGUAGAUAAUUAUCCAUUCAUGUUACCUGACAUAUGUCUACAACUGCAAUGGUUUGUAUCAGUAGAGCAGUUAGAUGACAAUUUUGGGAUUAUCUGUGUGUUUCCUGAGGAAGCAUAAAACUUUGAACAGGUGUUUUAAGUAUGCUGAUUUCAUAAUUGCCAUGAACCACCAUUUUACUUCAAUGGUCCUGGCUAAAGAUGGAUAAAUCAAGAUGGCUGCCGUCAAAAAUGCAUUUGAAAAGUACUUGAGUUGAACUUCAAGUCUCGCGCACGAGUGCAUAUUUGUAUGCGUAUGUGUUUAUGUCCAUUUCUUAUGCUUGGGGAGUGUAUUAAAUUACUUAUAAAUUAUUUGUUAUUUGUUGAAUUAAGAAAACAACAACACUUAUGGUUAUGGAUUUGAGCAAGGUCUAUAUACUAAAAUAGACCUUGGAUUCGAGCAGGGGCGGUCGCAGUCCUGAGACGGAGAUUCGAGAUGCUGUGGCGUCAACAGUCUGCUGAUAACGGGCUGGUUAAUACUCAAUGUGUUUGGAGUGAGGGUAGGUUCAAAAGUUAGUAAAGAUAAGAACAAUGGGGUUUCCAAACUUUUUGAGUCUAUGGCCCACCUUUGACAUACCCAGAUCCUCGUGACCCACUACCCUCCAGAGCUGUGAUAAUAAAUCCAUGAUAAAGCAAAUUUACCAGA